AUGUUCUUCCGCCUCUCCACGUCCCUCCGCCUAUCCGCGCCCUUCCGCUUCGCCGCGCCGGUCGCCCACAUGCUUCUCCGCGCGCCCCUCCAUCGCUCCCCAGGCGCUCUCCUUCCACCUCGCUCCCCCUCGUCGCACGCCGCAUCGCACGGCCCCGUCGCUCGCUCUUCGCAGCGGAGCCUCGCGACCACGGCGACAGGCCACUCCGCUGCGGCGAGUAGCAGACGUCGCACGGCCGCGUGCGCCUUGCUGUCUGCGCGUGCCCCCGCCGCCCCCUGUCCCCUCUACUACUGCAGCCUUGUGCCGCUCCCUGCCCCCGACGCGGCCCCGUCCCUUGCGCUUCUUGCGCUCUCUCCCCGCCGCGUCGCACGGACGCUCUCAGUGGCGGGGACAGGCGGCGAGGGGGUCGUGAGGGGAAAUGGCGGGGCGCGGGGAGGCAGUGCGGCGAUGCUCGCUUCGGGAGCAUGGGGGGAAUCGCACAAGGGGCAACGGGGUUUCGGCGGAGGACUCCCGCGCGCGACCACGGCGGAGGGCGCCGUGCUGCGCGGGGGGGAGGCGGGCGGGACCAGCGGGAUGGGGGCCGUGAGGUGCACGGGCGCGCCUGGCGCAACGGGGGCCUCGGGACGGGCGGAUGGACCAGCGAGGCAGGGGGUCGUGGCGCAGGCGAGAUGGGGCGGCGUGGAGGGGGCGGCGGCGGGGGGCCGUGCGGUGGUGCUGUGGGAUCUGGACAACGUGCAGCCGGAGCGCAUGGAGCCGUUCGACGCCGCCACGCGCCUCACGGACCUGGCCGCCAGCUUCGGGUCGCCCGUGGACGUGCUGGCCUAUGCCAACCGCCACGCCUUUGAGCACGUCCCCGCCUGGGUGCGCGAGCAGCGGAGAGAGCGCCGCGAUGCGGAGCGCAUGGCGGCGCGCGGGGAGGCGGAGGAGCGGGAGGUGCGGUGUGAGCUGUGCGGGCGGCGGUGCAGCGGGGCGGUGGCACUGAGGAAGCACUUUGUGUCGCUGCACCAGAGGGAGCAUGAGAAGCGCAUGCAACACCUCAACCACGCCUCCCCCAAGCGGAAGCGGCGGCUGAGGGAGGAGUAUCGGGGCAAGCAGCAGCGCUACCAGCAGGCCGUGCGCGGCGUGCUGCUGCCCCGCCACGGCUACGGGCUCAUGCCCGAGCUGCGCCGCGCUGGGGUGGUCGUGCGCCUCGUCAGCCAGCAGUCGCAGGCGGCGGACGAGGCGUUGAAGCGGGACUUGGCGGCGGCGGUGCGCAGCGGGCAGGUGGGCGCCGUGCUGCUCGUGUCGGACGACCGCGGCUACUCGCGCGCCCUCGGCGCCGCCGCUGCUGCCGGCCUCACCACCGUCGCUGUCGGCAUCAACGGGUCGCUGCAGCCGGCGGUGCACCGGUGGUUCUGGUGGGGCGAUGUGCUCUCGGGCCGCGCCGUGGCGCUCGCCCGGGGAGAGGCGGAGGGAAUGGCGGGCUGGGGGGGAGGGGACGGGUGGCACGAGGAGGAGGGGGGGCGCAGGAUGGAAGGGCAUGCGUGGGGCGAUGAGGGGGGGGGGGCGGUUGUAAGGGAGAGGGCGGAGCGAGGGAAUGCGGUUGGCAGUGGGGCGAGGGGAGCGCUGCUUGGAUUGGAGGAUGUGGGGCGACGAGGGGUGGCGAUGGAGGGGCAGGCGGACAGGUGGACGCAUGGUGAUGUGCAUGGGGGGCAGGGCGAGGGGAGGUAUGGGAUGACAGGUGUGGGUGGUGGUGUGGAGGAUGAGGGAGGGGAGUGGGACGAUGGGGAGGAGUGGAUGGAGGAGUGGGAUGAGGAUGUGUGGGAGAGCCAAGGGGAGGAGGAGGAUGACAGAGAUGAUGGAGACAAGGGCUUCUCUCAUCAGGUGUUUGGAGGCGCUGGCGACGUGGCACGCCCACACGCGAACCCGUGA